AUCACAUAAUGAUUGGGGAAAAUAACGUUACUUUGGAAGCUUUAGAACCAUUGAGAAGCGAAGAAAAACCAACACAACAAAAUUCAGAAGUGAAAUUAUACAAAAUCCGAUGGGUUGUGCUAACUUUAUUCUUCUUAUACGGUUGUUCAAGUGCUGUACAAUGGGUUCAAUACAGCAUCAUCACCAACAUCAUAAUGCGAUAUUAUAGCGUUACUUCAGUUGCUGUGGAUUGGACUUCAAUGAUUGCAAUGAUAACUUAUCCUCCAUUAAUGAUCCCAGGGUUUUAUUUCGUCGAUAAAAUGGGGUUAAGGUUUUCUGCUUUAUCGGGAGUAAUCGGAACAGCAAUUGGAACUUGGAUUAAAGUAUUUUCGGUAUCUCCGGACCGUUUUUGGGUAACCUUUUUGGGACAAACCGUCGUUUUCGUCUCGCAAAUCUUCAUUUUGAGUAUGCCCCCUAAAAUUGCUGCGGUUUGGUUCGGGCCUAACGAAGUUUCAACCGCCACAUCAAUCGGAGUGAUCGGACAACAACUCGGGAAUGCAAUCGGAUUUAUUUUACCGCCAAUGAUUGUUAAAAAUCACGAUAAUUUGGAUGAUAUCGGACGGGAAUUGUCGUAUAUGUUUUAUGGGGUUGCCGCUUAUACUACGCCAAUCGUUAUUUUGGUUUAUUUUUUUUGUAAGUCGCAACCGGAUCAUCCACCGAGUCAAGCUCAAGCUUAUCAGAGAUUAAAUGCGACGGAGUUUACUCAAAAGCAAUAUUGGCGGAGCUACAAACAGUUAUUGUCGAAUAAAGCGUUUUGGUUGUUGAUGGUUUCAUACGGAAUGAAUAUUGGAGUGUAUGCUGGGAUUUGCACUUUACUAAAUCAAUUUAUUUUAUCAUAUUUUAAAAACGCCGAAGAAGACGCAGGAAGAAUGGGCCUCCUUUUAGUAGUUUUCGGAAUUUUCGGCUCCCUCAUUUUCGGAAUAAUUCUCGAUCGUACCAAAAAAUUCAAAGAAACCACCCUCGGGUUGUACACAAUGACCGUUUUGGGGGUUUUAUCGUUCAGCUUCGCUUUGGAGACACGCUCAAAAGCUGUGGUUUACGCGAGCGUCGCAUUUCUUGGAUUCUUCCAAAACGCUUAUUACCCUGCCGGAUUCGAAUUUGCCGCCGAAUUAACGUACCCUCAACCGGAAAGUACCAGCUCAGGUUUAAUCAUUUCAAUGUCGCAGGUUUUCGGGGUUAUUUUCACUUUGGCUUUGGGGGUUUUAUUAAAAGAAUUUGGAACGUUUUGGGCGUUGUGUCUAAUGGUUUUUUUCUUGUUUAUUGGGUGUUGUGUCACGGUGAUUAUCCCAAACGAUCUAAGGAGGCAAAAAGUUGACCAAAAACAUUAAUUUUAAUUUUAACCUAAUCUUUAUUGCUUUUUUGGUAUAAAAUACAAUUAAUAUAUUAAA